GCAACUUUUACAACCAUAAAAAUAUAUAAACUCCCCUUCCAUGGUCAUGGAAUACUACUUCUUCACAGUUCUCUCCACAUUAAAUUCCACAACCUUAAUGUACCAUUUUGUUAACAUCAUCCAUUUCCCCAGGAAAUCAGAAUGCCACAUUUCUUUUUACUAGUUUUGGGCUGGCUGUUUUGAAACCACUGAUUUCAUUUCUUUUGUUUCUUUGUCACAUCUGUAUUGCCAUUGCACAUGUAUGUAUAAAAAACAACUUCCUGUGUGAUUGACUGCACCAUAUAUACCAGCCCCCCCAUCUUCUUUCUCCUGCAAGACUAGCUGUGGCUUCUCUGAAUGAUCAGAUCAUCAUCUCAUUUACAGAGAAAUUAAAAGAAGGAAAAAAAUUAAUUAAUCAUGGGACACCAUUCAUGCUGCAACAAGCAAAAGGUGAAGAGAGGGCUUUGGUCUCCUGAAGAAGAUGAGAAACUCAUCAACUACAUUUCUACUUUUGGCCAUGGUUGUUGGAGCACUGUUCCUAGGCGCGCUGGGCUGCAGAGAUGUGGAAAAAGUUGCAGGUUGAGAUGGAUAAAUUACCUGAGGCCUGAUUUGAAAAGGGGUAGUUUUUCACCACAGGAAGCUUCUCUCAUCGUUGAGCUUCAUAGGGUUCUUGGGAAUAGAUGGGCUCAGAUAGCUAAACACCUACCUGGAAGAACAGACAAUGAAGUGAAGAACUUUUGGAAUUCAAGCAUCAAGAAGAAACUCAUUGUGUCUUCAUCUCAUAGAGGCCUUUCUCAUGAUCUGUCCUGCAGUUUUCCAACUGCUUCUUCAUGUGGUGGAGAUAUUGUUUCUUCUUAUGAAGGAGGGUUCUUCUCAACAUCACCACCACUCAUCAAUGCAAACCCUAACUUCUUCCCAAUCUCUCAAUUUGAUGAUAAGUUUCUUUACACUAGCAAUAAUACUAUGCCCAACAUCACCCCAAUAACAAACUCAAUCUUACAAGGCUUUGAUCAUCAUCAUGCCAACAACAUUAUCAAAUUUGAUUCUGAUUUAAGCCACUUUCCAAAUUCAGUCCCUCCAGUACCUGUCCCACCACCCUCUUUGAUUGACUCAUCAUCUUCUUAUGAUCCUUCUUCACCAUGGUCUUCAGUAGUGGUUGGGACUCAUCAGAAUCAGAAUCUUUCUGCUGCCAACUCACUUUAUGCUUCUUCUCAACAAGCUUAUCAUGAUGAACAAGAUCCACUUAUGAUGAUGAGGCCUAAUGGGAUGCCAACAUUUUCUGAAAUUUUAAAGGGCUGUGAAAUUAGCCUACCAUCUUUAACCACAGCUUCUCAUCAUCAACAAGAAGCUCAUCCUCCAUUUUUGUUGCCUUCUACUACUACUAAUUAUCCUCAACUUCAUGAUGAUCAGAUUUCUCUGCCGGCGAAUCGGUUAUUGGAAAGCAUGGAAUCCCUUGUAUCGUUAUUGCCUUCCUCAUCUUCUUCAUCUUCUUUGUCUUCUUCAUCACCUUCUUCAUGCAGCCAAAUCCUUAUGAACCCUAGUCUUCCUUCAGGCUGGGUUCCAUAAGGUGGCUCUGAAGCUAAAUGCACACUCUAGCAAAGAAAAAGUUAAAUCCCGGAAAGGAAAUCAUUCGGAGAAGCUGUGUAUCUUUUUUUUUUGCAGAAUAUUGGAUGAAUGCAUCAAAAAAAUAUUUGAUGUGCAGUAGCCAGUAUAUUUUAGUACUACUAGUACUGUAUAUUUUUCAGUAUCUCCUUUUCAUCAUGGUUCUCUGUUGUUUUUCUUCCGUAUUAAAUUGGUAUGUAAUAUACACAUUUUUAUAAUUUACUCUUUGUUUUUUUGGUUGUAUUGUAGUAUAUAUUAUUAAUUAAUCAAUGUGUCUCCAAGAUUUGGAUAUUCA